AUGGGUCUAACGCUUAAUGCCUUAUUCCUCAUCCUAUGGUCGUCCCUGACUAGAGCUGACAAUUGGGUGUACCCUCCAGGCCCAAGCAUUAAGUGGACAGAUACCUGGUAUCUGGGCGAAAUUCAACAGCUGGAAUGGAUAAGCAACAAUGCCGCCUACAACAUCGUCCUACAACAAAAUGAAGUAAACAUAGGCAACGGCCGGUAUCAAUUAUUCGGCAAGUUUAAUACGAAUUCUUUUGCAUUUAAUGGUGGUUCGUCAAUAGCUAACUUCGAUCAGCUAAGUCAGCAGAUCAACUCCAAAUCUCAGCCAUAA